UAAACAUUGUCGUUGGUUUGAAUGAUCGAGAAGAAAAGACAUUCCCCUUUUCUAUGCGCUUCCCCUUUGAAUCCAAUACAAUAAGAAAGUAAGAGGCAGAAGCCUUCCCAGCCUCUGUUCCGUCCCGGUAUUCGGUCGUUCAUUUUGGUUGGUGGCUGCACAGAGAUAUCUGCCCGCGGGGCCCUGGCGCAGACAUGUUCAGGAGGAUUUUACAGCUGACUCCUGGUAGAGUUGGCUCACAGAAUUCUGAAUCAGACUCUUCGGCCACUCCAGGAAAUGCUGAAAGCUCUUCUGAGGGUUUCAUCUGUCCAGCAUGCAUGAAAAAGUUUAUCACUUCUAGUGAACUGGCCGAUCAUUACGAGGAUGAGCAUAUGGAGUCAGAAAUAAAGGAACAGAAGCCUCUUACUCAAAUACCUGGUGUAACUGGUUUCAUCUGUCCACUGUGUAUGAAAUCCCAUGCAACAGCUGAAGAACUUUUUGUGCACUAUGAAGCAUCACAUGAACCUGCCAAUGACCCUGGUCAAAGAGGAGAAACCAACCUGACGCCAAAUAGAGAUGAAGUGCUCUUACUUCAGCAGGAAGUGAAAGAUUUACAGACCUCUUUAAAGGAAGAAAAAUGGUUUUCCGAAGAGCUGAAGAAAGAGUUGGAAAAUGUUCAAGGGCAACUGAAGCAAAAUUCCAUUUCAGAUGGGAUGACCGCAAUUGCAGCAACAGAGCUCCAAUCUUUACAACAGAAGAUAGAAGAGGCCCAAACAGAAAUGUUUAAUAUAAAGCAAAUGAAGGAUUUAUUUGAACAGAAAGCAGCUCAACUGGCUACUGAAGUAGUGGAUUUAAAGGCAGCGUAUGAUGAAGAGAAAAGUAACUUGGCAGCUGCACAAGAGAAAAUGAAAAGUUUAACACAGGAUCUUGAUUCAAAGUUACAUGUGAUUGGAGACUUGAAUAAUGAGCUGCUUCAACGGCCUGGAAUUGAAGAUGUUGCUGUGUUGAAGAAGGAACUUAUCCAGGUCCAGACACUGAUGGACAGAACAACUCUAGAUGCUGAAAAAGAAUCCGAGAAGCUGAAAGAUGAGUGCAAACAGCUGCAGGCACAAAUCUCCAACUCUGAGGUGACUAUUAAACAACUGAAAGCUGAACUUGCUAAAGGCCCUCAAGAAGUUGCAGUUUAUGUCCAGGAAUUGCAGCAACUCAAAACUGCUUUGACUGAAUUAAAUCAAAAACAUGAUAAUUUGAUGGAAAAAUUUUUGAAGAAAGAAUUGGAUUACACCCAGCUUGAAGAGAAACAGAGUGAAGAGUCCACUGCAAGGAAAAACCUGCAAGUCCUUCUUAAUCAGAAAGAAGUGGAGUUCCAACAGGUGCAAGCUUGGCAUUCUGCAAGUGAGAUGUCGCUGCAAACAGUAAAGGCUGAGGUGGCUGAGAAGGGCGAGGCAAAUCAGAAACUUAAAGCAGAACUCUCAGAAGUUGAGACCAAAUAUCAGCAUCUCAAGGCCGAAUUCAAACAGCUUCAGCAGCAACGGGAAGAGAAGGAGCAGCUUAGUUUGCAACAGCAAAGUGAGAUCAAUCAGCUUCACAGCAAGUUACUGGAGACAGAGCGCCAACUAGGGGAAGCUCAUGGGAGGCUGAAGGAGCAGAGGCAGCUGUCUGCUGAGAAACUGAUGGACAAGGAACAGCAGGUGGCUGAUCUACAGCUGAAACUCUCCCGUGCUGAGGAGCAGCUCAAAGAAAAGACUUCAGCUUCGACUGACUUGCAGCAUCAACUGGAAAAGAUAAGGCAACAGCAUCAGGAACAGACCAACCUCCAGCAGAAUACCACAUCCAAACUGAGAGAGGCCCAGAAUGACCUAGAACAAGUCUUACGGCAGAUUGGGGACAAAGACCAAAAGAUCCAGAACCUUGAAGCACUAUUGGAGAAAAGCAAAAAGAACAUUUCUCUUCUUGAAAAAGAAAGAGAAGAUUUAUAUGCCAAAAUUCAAGCAGGGGAAGGGGAAACUGCAGUUCUGAACCAGCUUCAAGAGAAAAACCAUGCUUUGCAGGAACAGUUAACCCAGCUUAAUGAGAAGUUAAAAAAUCAAUCAGAAAGUCACAAACAAGCCCAGGAAAACUUGCAUGAGCAGGUUCAGGAGCAGAAGUCCCAACUUAGAGCCUCCCAAGAUCAUGUCCUGGCACUUGAGGCAACGCUGAAUGAAGUCACCAGUCAGCUGAAUGAGAGCAAAGAGAAAAUGGUCCAGCUAGAUUUACAGAUAAAAGCAAAAACUGAACUUUUGUUAGCAGCAGAGGCAGCAAAGACAGCGCAAAGAGUAGAUCUUCAGAACCACUUGGAUACAGCCCAAAAUGCACUACAGGAUAAGCAACAGGAAUUAAGCAAAGUGAGCGCACAACUGGAACAAGUAACAACAAAGUUACAUGAUAAACAGGAGUACAGCAUUCAACUGGAGGCAAGCCUUAAGGAGUACAAAGAGAAGCACCUCAAUCUAGAACAAAAGUCUGAAGCUCUGGAAGGACAGCUUAAGAAACUUGAAACAGAUCUGAUCAGUGUGAAAACAAACCGGGAACAGACAGCCGAGGAACUGCAGCAGCAGAAGCAGAAGAGCACUCAGAUAGAAUUGAAAGCUGCAGAGCUGAGCAAGCAGUUAGAGGAGGGGAAAGGACUGGUAUCAAACAUGAAACUGGAACUACAGAAGAAAGUGGAGUCUCUCCAGCAGUCAAAAGAAUUAAUUUCAAAACAUGAGCAAGAAAGGAACAAUCUGAAGCAGAAUACAGAAAAGUUAAAGCAAGACUUAGAGAAAAUAACAGGCAAAAUGCAAGAUGCUGUGGCAAGCCUGGAAAAAAACAAACUGGAGAAAGAAAAUUUGCAGAAAGAUCUUGCAGAGACGAAGGACACAUUAUCAAAGAGUAGCAAAUCUUUACAGGAGUCAAGGGAUCAACUGGAAAAAGAAAAACAGAAAGGCAAGGAAACAAUUGAGGGCAUGGAGAAGUCACGGGAAGAAGUGAAAUUGAAUCUACAAAGACAGGUGGAUACAGCAGCAAAGGAGGUGAAAGAGCUCAAGUCUAUGGUAGAAAAUAAGCAGGAGGAAUCCACACAGACAAAAGCAGAGUUGGAAAAAGCCCGUGGCUAUGUUGCAAAGUUGCAUGGUGCUAUCAAAGAGAAGGAGAAAGCUGAGCAGGAGCUCCAGACAGAACUGAAAAAAAUGCAUGAAACUUCAGAUCAGGAGAAAGUGAAACACAAAUCUGAGGUUGACGCCCUGACCACUCAGUUAGCACAAAAGGCAGAGCAAGAAGGAAAAUUACAGCAGCAAGUGACAGUGUUAACCAAUGAACUGGAAACUGAGAAAGGAAAAGUGUCUGAUCUGCAGAAAGCUCAUACAACCAUUCAGGAGAAAGUGAAUAACCUUCAGUCCAAUAUAUAUGGGAAAGAAUCAGAAGUAUCUGCAAUACGGCAGGAUCUCAAAAGUACAGAGGAAAAGCUUGUUCUUGCACAGGAAGAGCUAAAAACAAACCGGAAUGAAAUGAAUGGGCACAAGAAGCUUAUUCAAGAACUAACUGCUGUGAGAGGGAACCUGGAGCAGGAUAUAGCUAAAAAUAAAAACUUGCUGAAGGAGCGGGAGAAAACACUGCAGGAAGUGCAGGAGCAGAAGGUCUUAGUUGAGAAAGACAUAAGUGAAGAAAAACUGAAAGUAACUAAUCUAAACUCCUUAAAGGAGAAGCUUGAAGGAGAAUUAAGCAAGACCAGGGAAGAACUGAAAAGCAUCAAAGAUGAAUGCCAAAAGAAAACCAGCAGUUUUGAGGAUGCCAAACAGCUACUAAUCCAGCAGAAACUGGAGUUGCAAGCCAAACUUGAUAGCUCAGCUUCAGUUCUACAGCAAGAAAAGAAUAACCAGCAGGCUCUGAAGGAGGACUUGAAAAAAAAGCAAGAGGAAUGGAAGACACAUAGCACAGAGUUGAGAGAGAAGCUGUCUACAGAAGCAAAAGAAAAAGAACAGCAAAAGAAGAAACAUGAGGAGAAUGAGUCAAAGCUAAACAUGCAGAUUACAGCUCUAAAUGAGAACCUGGCAACGUUAAAAAAGGAAUGGCAGAGCAGCCAGCGCAGGGUCGGUGAAUUGGAGAAGCAGACAGAUGACCUGCGGGGAGAGAUUGCAGUAUUAGAGGCAACAGUCCAGAACAAUCAGGACGACAGACGCGCUUUGUUAGAAAGAUGUCUUAAAAGUGAGGGUGAAAUUGAAAAGCUCCAAGCCAAAAUAUUUGAACUGAGGAAAAAAGUGGAUGAAAGUUCGUAUGCAAUGGAGGAACUUGGCAGGGAAAACCAAUCACUACAGAUAAAGCACAGCCAAGCACUCAAUAGGAAGUGGACAGAGGAUAACGAAGUGCAGAACUGCAUGUCUUGCGGCAAAGGAUUUUCUGUGACAAUAAGAAGGCACCACUGUAGACAAUGCGGAAAUAUCUUCUGUGGGGAAUGUUCAUCAAAGAAUGCCUUAACGCCCUCCUCCAAAAAACCUGUGCGUGUGUGUGAUACAUGUUUUGUUGACUUGCAAGGAUAGGAGACACUCCCUCAGUAGCUACCUGCAAAUUACACAUAGUAUUUUUGUUAAUGCACUUCAUAAAGCACUCAGAGUACUUAUUUGUUUGGAUGAAGAUUGUAAUCUUUGGCACCACAGUAUACCUUUGGACAUAUUUUAUUGAUACAAAGUCAGAUAAUUGUAUUUUUCACGAGAACACAAGGCCACGUGAUGGUCUUUAUCCUGCCUUUAGCUUUCAGUCAAGAUUUUAAAUGUGUUUUUAGUUUCUGUUUGGUAUGGCUGCCUGUAAAUAGUUGGCUAACAGAGAGGCAACUGCAUAUUUUUUUAUACAUCAUUUCAGAAUAAACCAGGAAAACAGUCCAAUAGUUUACUAAUAUUUGGGUUGUAAUUCAGUGGGAAUAAUCAUUUGACUCUCUUGGCUUAUGUUUGGUAGGAAGGGCAUAAAGGAGUCCAAAUAAGACAUGAUAGUGAGGCGAUCCUCUCCAGAUCAAAAAUAACCUCCCUGCCCUCAAUCUUCAUAGAGUGACCUGCCAUUGCUUAUAGUCGUGUUUCUUUUCUCUGUCCAUUGUGUUGUGCAUUUGUAUUUUGGCUGGUUGUUUUUUUUUCAUAUGGCUUAUGUCACACAGGGAGAAAACCUGUAUCCAGGCACAAAUAAGAUUCAUUCUUUCCUUGGGACCAUAAAAGUCUAUUCUCUGUACAGAAAACAAUGAAAAAAUGUCCACUGAACUCCCUGUGUGACCAAAGCCUAUAACAGUGCUGCUGCACAAUGCUGCAACUCUCUGCUAAGCAAACCCUGUUGACUUAAGAGUUGUUAUAUUGCAGCAAACAGGAGCGAUGUGCCCCUGCUCAUCUGAACUGUACUUUUGUAUGGUUUCAAAUUUUGACUUUUGAAAUAUUUGGGGAUAAUAAAACGGAGGCACAAAAUGAAAGAUGCAGCAGUAUUUGCUCAAUGUACUAGCAAUGCUAAGUGAAAUUAUCCUUCAAGCAGCUGCAGCCAUUGCCAAUAUAGGAACAAAACUGUCCUGUGCCUAAAAUGACACAGAGACCCCAAGUCGGUCCACCCUAUGUCGACUUGCAGCACCUUUUCAGUGAUGGCUACGGCUUCAGCAGUAACAUUCUUGGGGGCUGGGCAAAUUCCCAGUUGCUCAUGGCACUAGUUAUAUCCGUUCCCCAACCUAUUGUGUCUUUAGCCUGCUCCCAAGUGGUGCAGCGGCCAUGACUGUAAAGAUACUGGCCAAAACCAUAAGCAGCAGGAAUACAGGGGCUUUGGAGGGGAAGGUGUUUGUUUUAACUCAUUCAAUCAGUGCCAGAAACUUUUUAUAAAGUGAUAUUCACACAUUUCUGGGUCACUUUAAAUAGGCAGAAGAUCUUAUAUCGAGGGUUCCCACUCAAACGUUAGUGAAAUGUCACUCUUUUAUGAGCUAAGGGUACUGCUGCUGCUGCAGAGGGUCACUUUGAAAUCCCAGGAGCCAUGUUUUGAGUAUUUUAUUUAUGUGCAAAUGCAAACUCUGUCAGAGCUAAUUCUUCUGCCUUUUGAAACUACUGUUGAGUUUCCAUAUAGGCCUCACACUCUCCCUGUUGGAUAAUAGUAAGUAGCUUCAAGUUGGAGAGUUCGGGUCGGGCAGAUUCAGGGAGAUUAGUCGCCAGGCGACAAAUCUCCUCCUUUUCGGGGUGACUAAUCUCCCCUAUCUGCCUUCCCCUAGCUAAAAUGAA